AUGUCAAAUCUAUUCUGCUGCACCACCAUCCAACUAACCAACCUCCCAAACCCGGACCACGAUAAAACCUUCACCGAAUUCACAAAAUGGGCCUUAACAACAAUCGGCAAUCUAACAGGAUCCACCGAUCCCUCCGAAGCAAGCGUCUGCAUCCAGCUCGUGCGACAAGUCACCAGCGGUCCGAUAGAGUCUGUUCGGUAUUUCGUUGGAAGUGAUAAAGACAAUUUUGAAGAAGUUUCUGAAGAUGGGAUUCUGGAUGCGAAUUUUUUGAAGAUGAAUGAAUGCAAAAGUUUUCGAUGCACCCAACACAACCGAAUCUUCGAUCUAAACCUCUUUGAACCAAGUACGGGGAGUGCACGUCGUUGGAGAUCAAGUAUCGCGAAACCGCUUAGGCAGAUUGAGAACGCACUGAAGGAUAAAAUGUCUGGAUCUGGGUCGCGGUCAGUUUCAGGAUCGAGAUCUAGUAUGCGAUCUAUGGGAUCUGGGGAACAGAGAACUAGCGCAAGCUAUGGGUAUGGAUCUGGGAUGGGAUAUGGAUCUGGAUGGGGAUCACAUUUGGGAGCUGGGUGUGGACCGAAUUGGGGGACUGGGGGUUCGAUGGUUUUUGUGCCGGCUUCAACUACGAGUACGGUUGUGGCUGGGUGUAAUGAUUGUGGCAGUGGAUUAAACCGGAACCAUGACCAUGACCACAACCAGGACCAGGACCAGGACCAGGAGUCAGAUCGAAACCCACAUCAAGAUCAUGAGAUAUUCCUACCUGCUGGUGAGACUGAAUAUGCCGACAAAGACAACAACGAAGACCAGCCUGUUCCAUCUUCGCCUACGCUCGGUACUGAGGUAACUCAAUAUGACAACGCAGGGUCAUAUUCGCCUCGUUAUGAGACCCAUAUCACUUCCCGUGAUGAUGAGGGUGCGGGCCAGAGCUACCUGAAUACCGAGGACUAUAGGUGUUAUUAUUCUGGGGUGUCUUCUGAUGAUUAUGGCAGCUAUGACUGCGGAGGAGGCAAUGACACGUCUUAUGAUUUUGGAAAUUAUGGAGAUUGUGGUGGUUGGAACGAUUAA